UCCUCCUGUUCUGCCAUGGGGGCCUCACGCUCUCGCCCUCUCCCCGUAGCUGGCUUUGUGCGGCCCCCGCUGUCGCAGGAGGGGCGGGCGGGGGGCAGCGUGGAGCUGCACUGUGAGGCCGUGGGCCGCCCGGUCCCCGAGAUCCAGUGGUGGUUUGAAGGGGACGGCCCCGGCGACGGCAGCUCCCAGCUCUGGGACGGCGCCCGGCAGGGCCGUGUGCACAUCCACGCUGCCUACCGCGAGCACGCGGCCAGCACCAUGUCCAUCGCCCAGCUCAGCGCCGAGGACGCAGGCACCUACGAGUGCCGGGCCAGCAACGACCCCGACCGCAACCACCUGACCCGGCCACCCAGGGUCAAGUGGGUCCGUGCCCAGGCCAGCCUGGCGGUCCUGGAACCGGGCACCGUCACGACUUCCGUGCAGAGCGGAGAGUCCUGGGUGCGGCUCACCUGUACCUUGAACAACAGCGCCGCGGGCGUCACCGGGCACCGCUGGCUGAAAGGGGACAAGCUGCUGAAGGAGGAUGACGAGCAGGAUCUGACCACCAAGUACGAGGUGACGGGGGACGACAGGUUUGGCGAGUACUCCUGCCUCUUCCUCCCUGAGGACACGGGCAAGGCCACGCUGACUGUGGACGGGCCCCCCAGAAUUAAGGCUGCGAAGAAGUCGGAGCACGCCAAUGAGGGCGACUCGGUCACCCUGCUGUGCAAGUCGGAGUCCUUCCCCUCCGUGACCACCUGGGUCUGGUACAAGGUGGCCGACUCCGGGGACCAGGUCAUCCAGAACGGCUCCCAGAGCAGGUUCUUCAUCAGCCACUCGGAGGCCCGGUCGGAGCUGCACAUCAAGGACCUGGACCUGGCCUCGGACCCCGGCGAGUAUGCCUGCAACGGCACCAGCCUGCAGGGCACGGACGCGGCGGUGGUCACUCUGCGCGUGCGCAGCCGCCUGGCCGCCCUCUGGCCCUUCCUGGGCAUCGUGGCCGAGGUGCUGGUGCUGGUCACCGUCAUCUUCAUCUACGAGAAGCGUCGGAAGCCGGAUGAGGUGCUGGACGACGAGGACGCCGGUGCUGCGCCACUGAAGAGCAGCGGGCACCACGUGAAUGAUGACAAGGGCAAGAAUGUCCGACAGAGGAACGCCAGCUGAGCGCCGCUCCGGGUGGGGGCAGAGCCAUGGAGGAGCUGAGCCCUGCCCACCACAGGCUCCGCCCAGGGCUGGAGGCCACGCCCCUACACCUGCCUGCCCCAAGGCUCCGCCCAGGGCCAGAGGCCACACCCCACACCUGCCUGCUACAGGCUCCGCCCAGGGCUGGAGGUCACGCCCCUUCACCUGCCUGCCCCAAGGUUCUGCCUAGGGCCAGAGGCCACACCCCACACCUGCCCACCACAGGCUCUGCUCAGGGCUGGAGGCCACACCCUUACACCUGCCCUCCAGGCCCCUUGUCGCCCUGGGUCCCCCCCUGCUCCCCCCCCUGCUGGGGGGGCCCUGCCCUUUGAGGAAGGUCACAGGAGGCCCGGCCUCCAGCCUGUCUGGCCACGUCCGGCACUUCCAUUUUUAUUCCUGGCUUCUGAGGGCACAGGACAGCUGUGGGGCCUCAGCUGCCCGCAGGGUGACAGCCUCUCCCCCAAUAAAGACUGACCCCACCCGUG